UACCUCCCGCACCGCUCACACAUCGCUGGUCGAUUUCCUUCGUGUUCUCUCUUCGUUCAUAUACUCUACACGUCCCCGCCACACCCUCCCUUAGACCUCCAGUGCACGUCAUGGCAUCCCCUGCUACCAGCCUUUCUGUAACACUUGCGCAGGCCAUUGCUUAUCUUACCCGCCCUCUCAGCCUCUCCUACCCAGCCACGACCGUCAUCAGACUCCAGCUUGUCCUCGAGGCUAACCUUACCGCUCUUUUUGCAUCCUCUUGGGUGCCCGAGGACCCGCUCCGCGGCUCCGGUCGUCGGUGCCUCACGCUAUCCCCCACAUGCCUGCCCCCACGGACGAUCUAUUCUGCAUGCCUAGCAACUGGUGUCCAGUGGUUUGACUGGAUUGCCUCCUUGGGUGGUCGUGAAUUUGAUUUGUUCGUCGACCCUGGAUGCAUCUCAGUUCGCUUCGGCAAAGAGUCGAAGCUCGUCAAUCUCUGGUCCGAGGAUCACGCCGCGGAGCUAACUGCCCUUCCUGACCUUUCUCUCGUAAAAGGGACUUGUACCAAUUACCGUGGUCAAUGCAAGACGCUCGCCCAGCAGCUAUUGGAGGGUGACAGUGCGGAAGAUGACGAGUUGUUUGCCAUGAUCGCUGAUGAAGUCAGUGCCCCAACAUGGACGACCCCGGUCAUCGACCACUUCCCUACCCCUCUGCGCUCCGAGUCCCCCCUCUCGGCGAUAUCCACCGAUUCUCGCUCCAGCUCUCGCUCAUCAAACUCCAGUUCCUGCCUGUCUUAUUCUUCUAGUGCACGAACGGACUCUCGCGUUUCCAGUUCAUGCUACUCUUCCGUAUCCUCCAAGCUUUCUCGCAGGGAGAAAGCUAGACAGGCGCGGGUAUUUGUGGAUACCUCCAAGACUGAGGUGACUCCGUAUGAUGGUGGAAAGACUACUGUGCUCACCGGUGGAGUCAUGCUUGGUGCUCCGCCCGUCAAGGGAAAGGCUGCACCUGCACCGACUUCGAACUGGCGUAGAGCGUAAAGAAGACUAUUCUAGUCGCCACUCUCCUUUUGUUACCUGCUCAUGACACCACUACGCCACUCAUGCACGAAAAGCCAACGUUUCCUGAACUAUCGGACUAUCUUAUAUCUUAGCAUUUUCUCGUUUAACGUUAUAUCACCGCACCGAUAUUGCAUUUCCUGGUUUGUCGUCCACCUUCCUCUCUUUAUGCAAAUUCCUCUCGGGUGUGUAUCAUCUUUUCAUAUUGCACGUGUUCCUUUCCUUUCCUUUUUUCCCCUUAACUUGCUUUCUGUGCUUUCGCACCACUGGGUAUGAUAGACUUGUUGUAAUAACUGGAAGAGCUUCGCUAUGCAUCUCUGGACCUGACAGUGCCUGAACGUAGUGAGCUCCGCAUCGAUGACUUCACGGUUCACACCUCUUCACCGUCUGCAUUAGGCCUGGUACGAAUACUGAGUAGUACCCACAGGCUGUCAGUGGUGUCAGUGACCUACCCCCGUAUCU